UCCGCGGGAGCCCGCAAGGAAGCGAGAGAAAAAAAAACAGAAGCGUUCGAGAAAGGAGAGAAUGGAGCGUCCGACUCCACGGGAGGAAUAACAAGAAGAAGAGGAAGAGCGAGAGAGAAAAAGACCCGUGAAGGAGGAAGAGGAGUGAAGAGCAAACUUUUUUUUUUUACUUGUUCGAUUCCCCGGACAGGGGGGGGGGGACUGUCACGGACUCGGGCCACGUUUGAAAACAUGGAUACACUUUCCCGUGAACGUCUGGGACUUCUUCUUCACCUUCAUCUUCUUCUUCUUCACCUCUCCUCGGUGUCCACGCAGAUCCCGACAGGAAGUUGCACAUUUGAUGAGGGCUUCACUCAGUGUGAUUACCAGCAAGAUCCCUAUGAUGACUUCGACUGGACCCACAUCAACACCCAGGAGGUUCCGUACGUCUCACCGGACCUGCCACACGGUUCCUUCAUGUACGUGGACGUCUCUCAGUACGACGUCGGUGAAAAGGCUCGAUUCCAGCUGCCGGUCAUGAAGGAGAACGACACCCACUGCAUCGACUUCAACUAUCUGCUCACCAGCCCUGACGGCUCCAGCCCUGGCACCCUGAACGUCCUGGUGAAGGUGAACAAGGGUCCUUUGGCCAACCCCAUAUGGAAUGUGACGUCCUACACUGGUAAAGACUGGCUGAGGGCUGAACUGGCUGUUUCCACCUUUUGGCCAAAUGAAUAUCAGGUCAUAUUUGAAGCCGAGGUGUCGGACAGCAAAGCCGGCUUCAUCGCCAUCGACGACAUUCAGGUGCUCAGCUACCCGUGCGAUAAAUCCCCUCAUUUUCUGCGUCUCGGGGACGUGGAGGUGAACGCCGGACAGAACGCCACUUUCCAGUGUAUCGCCACGGGACGAGAAACGUCCAACAACAAACUCUGGCUGCAGAGGAGAAACGGAGAAGAUAUUCCCGUGGCUCUGACCAAGAACAUCAACCACAGACGCUUUGCCGCCUCCUUCCACCUCAAGGAAGUCACCGGUCAGGAUCAGGACUUGUACCGCUGCGUCACCCAAUCGGAGCGCGGCUCGGGGGUGUCCAACUUCGCAGGCCUCAUCGUCAGAGAGCCUCCGCACCCCAUCGCCCCCCCUCAGCUGCUGGGCGUCGGCCCGACCUACCUCCUGAUUCAACUCAACGCCAACUCCAUAUUUGGAGACGGACCUAUUAUCCUGAAAGAGGUCGAGUACCGUAUGACAUCCGGCAGCUGGAUCGAGACUCACGCCGUCAACUCUCCCAACUACAAGCUGUGGCAUCUGGACCCGGACACGGAGUACGAGAUCCGAGUGUUGCUGACCAGACCCGGAGAGGGAGGGACGGGCAAAUCGGGACCACCGCUCAUCACCAGGACCAAAUGUGCAGAACCCAUGAGAACCCCCAAGAGGCUGAAGAUCGCCGAGACCAGGUCCCGUAUGAUCGCCGUGGACUGGGAGUCGCUGGGCUACAACAUCACCCGCUGUCACACCUUCAACGUCACCAUCUGUUACCAUUACAUGACGUCCAGCAACCGCAGCAAGGCCGACUGCCUGGACAUGGACCCGAAAGCACCACGCCACCUGGUGGGAAACCUGCCGCCCUACACCAACGUCAGCCUGAAGAUGAUCCUCACCAAUCCAGAGGGACGGAAAGAGAGCGACGAGACCGUCAUUCAAACUGAUGAAGAUGUUCCAGGUGCAGUUCCCAGUCAGUCGCUGAGAGCAACUCCGUAUGAAGACAGAAUUCUUCUCUACUGGAAGGAACCGACUGAACCCAAUGGAAUCAUCAUACAAUACGAGAUCAGCUACAUCAGCAUUCGUUCCUUCGACCCCUCGGUGCCUCUGCAGCGGCCGGGACUCACGGCGUCUCUUCCCUCGAACGCCACCAACCACCUGUUCCCCCAGCUCCACCCGGGCGUCACCUAUCAUCUCUCUAUACGAGCGUCCACCUCCAAAGGAUUCGGUCCCGCAACCACGCUCAACGUGACAACCAACAUCUCAGCCCCGACAAUCGACGAGUACGACGGGUCAGAGGCUUUUCUGAAUGAAACUGCAACAACCAUCACGGUCCUGCUAAAACCUGCACAGGCCAAGGGAGCUCCUAUAAGUGCGUACCAGAUUGUGGUGGAGGAGGUGAAUCCUCAGCGGACUCGACGCCAAGCUUCCUCCGACUGUUACGAGGUCCCAGUUUCCUACCACAGUGCGUCCAGUGGUGGAUCUCCGUAUUAUUAUGCCGCCCAGCUUUCCCCCAGCAGCCUGCCUGAGCCGCUCCCCUUCACUGUGGGCGACAACAAGACCUAUCAGGGUUUCUUGAAUCCUCCGCUGGCUCCAAGGAAGAACUACAACAUCUACUUUCAGGCUGUUAGCAGCACAGAGCGGGAAACUAAAACCCAGUGUCUGAGGCUGGCGACUAAAGGUGCUACAGAGGAGCCAGAAGUCAUCCCCGACCCGGCUAAGCAGACGGACCGGGUGGUAAAGAUCGCUGGGAUCAGUGCGGGGGUUCUCGUCUUUGUUCUGCUGGUGUUGGUAGCCAUCCUAUUGGUCAAGAAGAGGAAACUGGCCAAAAAACGUAAGGACGCCAUCGGAACCACGCGGCAGGAAAUGACACACAUGGUGAACGCCAUGGAUCGCAGCUACGCCGACCAGAGCACUCUGCACGGAGAAGACCCGAUGGCCGUCACGUUCAUGGACUCGCACAACUACAACAACAGAUAUGAGAACCACAGCGCCCCUGGAGCAGAGAACAGUCGGCUCCUGGAUGUUCCUCGGUAUCACUGCGAAGGCACCGAGUCUCCUUAUCAGACGGGGCAGCUCCACCCGGCCAUCCGAGUGGCCGACCUCCUGCAGCACAUCAACCUGAUGAAAACCUCUGACAGCUACGGCUUUAAGGAGGAGUAUGAAAGCUUCUUCGAGGGCCAGUCGGCCUCCUGGGACGUCGCCAAGAAGGAGCAGAACCGCACCAAGAACCGCUACGGGAACAUAAUAGCAUAUGACCACUCGAGGGUUAUUCUUCAGCCCAUCGAAGACGACCCCUCCUCCGACUACAUCAACGCCAACUACAUCGAUGGCUACCAGAGGCCAAGUCACUACAUCGCUACUCAAGGUCCUGUUCAUGAGACCGUGUACGACUUCUGGAGGAUGGUGUGGCAGGAGCAGUCCGCCUGCAUCGUCAUGGUGACCAAUCUGGUGGAGGUUGGAAGGGUCAAGUGCUAUAAGUAUUGGCCCGAUGAUGCCGAGGUGUUUGGAGACUUCAAGGUGACGUUCGUGGAGGUUGAGCCUCUCGCUGAGUAUGUGGUUCGCACCUUUACACUGGAGAGGCGUGGGUUCAAUGAGGUCCGUGAAGUCAAGCAGUUCCACUUCACAGGCUGGCCUGAUCACGGAGUUCCAUAUCACGCCACGGGACUACUUUCCUUCAUCCGCAGGGUUAAAAUCUCCAACCCACCAUCUGCUGGUCCGAUUGUGGUCCACUGCAGUGCUGGAGCAGGGCGGACCGGCUGCUUCAUAGUCAUCGACAUCAUGUUGGACAUGGCGGAGAGAGAGGGCGUGGUCGACAUCUACAACUGUGUGAAGGCGCUUCGCUCCAGGAGGAUCAACAUGGUACAGACUGAGGAGCAGUACAUAUUCAUCCAUGAUGCCAUACUAGAGGCGUGUCUAUGUGGAGAAACAGCCAUCCCAGUGUGCGAGUUCAAAGCUGCUUUUUAUGAGCUGAUCCGCAUCGACUCCCAGACCAACUCGUCACAUAUAAAGGACGAAUUCCAGACUUUGAACUCGGUGACUCCGCAGCCGCAGCCUGAAGACUGCAGCAUCGCCUUGUUGCCUAGGAACCAAGACAAGAACCGCUUCAUGGACGGCCUCCCCCCCGACAGGUGCCUCCCCUUCCUCAUCACGAUAGACGGAGAAAGCAGCAACUACAUCAACGCCGCGCUCAUGGAUAGCUACCGGCAGCCGGCUGCGUUCAUCGUUACCCAGCAUCCUCUGCCCAACACCGUCAAGGACUUCUGGCGUCUGGUUUACGACUAUGGAUGUACCAGCCUGGUGAUGCUGAACGAGAUCGACCUGGCUCAGGGUUGUCCUCAGUACUGGCCGGAGGAGGGCAUGCUGCGCUACGGGCCCGUCCAGGUGGAAUGUAUGUCCUGCUCCAUGGACUGUGACAUCAUCAGCCGCCUCUUCAGAGUCUGCAACCUCACCAGGCCUCAGGAAGGCUACCUGAUGGUCCGCCAGUUCCAGUACCUGGGGUGGGCGGGGCACAGAGAAGUCCCCGCCUCCAAGCGCUCCUUCCUGAAACUGAUCCUGCAGGUGGACCAGUGGCAGCGCGAGGGAGAGGAGGGGGAGGGAAGAACCAUCGUGCACUGCCUAAACGGAGGCGGGCGCAGCGGCGUGUUCUGUGCCAGCAGCAUCGUGUGUGAGAUGGCGAAGAGGCAGAGCGUGGUGGACGUCUUCCACGCCGUGAAGACGCUGAGGAACAGCAAACCCAACAUGGUGGACACUCCGGAGCAGUAUCGGUUCAGCUACGACCUGGCGCUGGAGUUCAUCGAGUCGUCCUAAACGAGAGAGAGAUGAGGAGGAGGAGGAGAAGAGAACCUCCCUAUACCCCUCUCUCUCUCUCUCUCUCUCUCUCUCUCUCUCUCUCUCUCUCCCUCUGUGUGUGGUGGCCGUUCAUUUACAUCCAUCCUACAAACGGCCGAAGAGAAACCGGCUCCUUGUCCAGUGUUGGUAAACAAAGGGAAACAGGAGGAGGAGCAGCAGCGGAGGAGGAGGAGGCGACCUCCCUCCUUUUUACUCCUUCAUGCUUAUUGUACAGCUUUUUUGAGUGCCAGCGGGGCCCCUGUAUGUUUGGGGCUCCAUUUAAAUGUUAAGCGUUUCACCACGACUGCCCCCCCCCAACCCCCCAGCCCCCACC